AUGGUGGACAAGACAGAAGGACACAAACGCUCGAAGAGCGCUCUUGCACUCUCCAUCCUUCAUCGAGACAAGUCAAAAAGCGAUGAUAACAAGGAGGACGGCGCGAUGUCCCCUAACAAUAAUGGUUCUCCCGCUUCUUCGUCCUCUUCCUCGCCUCGAGAAUCCCGCCACUCGCAUUCAGCGUCUAUGAUCAGUCUGCGGUCUUCGAAGCGCAAGGCGGCGCAAGACAACGGCGGUAAUAGUAGUACAAACGUCGGCAGCUGCCCUGAAAUACCAGAGGGAAGUAUUCAGGAAGAGAUGGCGGAACCUCGCCCGCAGCAGUCUACUGUUGAAGGCAACCCCGCAACCGAUAAUAAUAUCAGUUUGGAUCAGAGCGUGCGGACAUUCAGGCUGUUUGAGGUCUUACGGAGUGGAGAUACGAAUGCUAUUACUAAAGCGAUUAAGGAAUACCAGGAAUCAAGUGGCCAGGAGGGCGCUGCCCUCGGCACGAGCAUUCUACAUUUGGCCAUCCAGUGUGCCGACCCUCAAGUUGUUGAAUUUGUGCUGGCAUCCGUGGAUGACGCAGGAAUCAACGCUCGUGACCGUGAAGGGAACACCCCUCUGCACCUGGCUGCGCAGCUAGGCAGGCUACCCGUGGUUCGAGAGUUGUUGGAACGCCCUGCCAUAAACGACGCUGCUACCAAUUUCCAGGGACAGACGCCACUCGACCUUGCUCGUAACCCCGACAUCUUCCAGCAUCUUCAGCUCGCUCGGUCUCUAUUCGUUGACACCAAGACUAGGGAGAUACAGUCUUUAGUCGGCCAGGGAGAUUAUGAAAAACUAGAACGUGUUCUUGUUGAGCCCCGAGUUCAAGGGAUGGUCGAUAUGAAUGCUCCUGAGCUUGUCACCGACCGCACCACCUACCUGUCUGGCGGCACGCUACUCCAUGAAGCCGUACGAAAGAAGGACACAAAAUUGAUACAAGUUCUUCUCAUGCAUGGUGCUGACCCUUUCCGGAGAGAUAGAAAGGGGAAGCUUCCCCAAGACAUCACCAAAGAUGACCGGAUACGCUCAUUCGUGAAGAAGUCACCCGCAGCAGUCAUGGCCCAGCGUGGAAUACAAGAAAAGGCCAUCCUAGGGAACAACUUCGCCCAGGGAUCCGGUGAGGUUUUCAUCGGGGGAAAGGAUGCGAGAGAAAUCAAGGGAUACUUAAAGAAGUGGACAAAUUAUACGAGUGGCUAUAAAUUACGGUGGUUUGUCUUGGAAGACGGUGUUCUAAGCUACUAUAAACACCAAGAUGACGCUGGUUCUGCCUGCCGUGGUGCUAUCAACAUGCGUAUUGCAAAACUAAAUAUGGACGCACAAGAUAAGACUCGCUUUGAAAUCCUGGGGAAAUCCUCAGUCAAAUAUCACCUCAAGGCAAACCAUGUCGUCGAAGCGAAACGCUGGUUCUGGGCACUGAAUAAUGCGAUUCAGUGGGCGAAGGAUGAAGCAAAAGAAAGUGACAAACGGCGAACAAAGGAUGCUGAGGUUCUUCGACAGGCUAGGAUUGAGCAGAUCGAGAGGCAAGACCAGGACACCUUGAGCACGGUUGGUAGUAAACUGAAUGAUAAGAACCUCGCACCUCCUACAGCAUCCUUAGGUAGCGCCACCACUCCCAGCGGAUCGAAGCUGAGCCUUCAGAUUUCCCGAGGAGGAACAGAUAAUGGUUUCGGAGACGAUGAGGGCUCAGUCACCGGGUUCAAUGACCCUAGCGCUUCACAAUCCAACAUGGCCAGAGUGAUUAGCCAUGUGACCACCAACACCGCUGAAGGUGAUGGCGACGAUGACUAUGCUGAUUACACAAGCAGUCGUGAAAUACGACCAUCUUCAGACAAAGAUGCUUUUAGCAUCACGGCACAGUCCGUUCGCCUCCAGCUAGAUAUCCUACGCGGUGUUUCGUCGGCUAUAAAUUCUGAGAAGGCAAAAAAUUCAUCAGCGGCAUUAUCAGAUCCUACCAUUGCCCAAGGUUUAACGACUUAUGAAAGAGCAAUCGACACUCUGAACUCACUCAUUGUCGAUUUACUUAAAAUCACCAGAGACAGGGACGCUUACUGGCAAUACCGUUUGGAUCGAGAGGCGGACGCCAGAAAGAUGUGGGAAGACAGCAUGGCUCGAAUAGCCCGGGAACACGAGGACCUACAGAACAGAAUGGGUGAAAGCGAGGAGAAAAGACGCCGAACAAAGAAAGCCCUAAGGGAGGCAUUAGAAAAUGCUUCAAUGCCACAAAGCCGAAGGCUAAGCCAAGCUAUUCCGCCGCCACAGGCGCUGGUAUCGGAUGCUGUGGAACUGUCCCAGGAAAUCAAAGAAGAGAAGCGGCCCGAGCAGACCGAGGAGCCUUCUCCUGGGUUGUUGCGAAAGAAGACAGUGCUAGAGGAAAUGAAUCUGUCUGAUAGCGAUUCAGACGACGACGAUGAGUUCUUCGAUGCUGUAGAUGCUGGUGGGGUCGAAGUCGUCGUUCCACCAAAGGAAGAACAAAUAGAGCCUAGUGAAUCUAGUGCUCGGGUAAAGAAGGAGACAGAAAUUGCACCUUCGUUCAAAGGAUAUGAGGAUGAAAUCAGGAAGCGGCUUAAGAUGGAGGCGGACGACCGUCCGAAGAUUUCUCUAUGGGGUAUUUUGAAAUCUAUGAUCGGAAAGGACAUGACUAAAAUGACUCUUCCCGUAUCAUUCAAUGAGCCGACCUCUCUUCUCCAGCGUGUUGCUGAGGACAUGGAAUACACAGACCUUAUUGACGCUGCCGCCGACCGUCCAGAUUCCAUGGAGAGAAUGGUUUAUGUGGCUGCAUUUGCUGCCAGCGAAUAUGCCUCAACUAUUGGGCGUGUUGCAAAACCAUUUAAUCCUCUCCUGGGUGAAACUUAUGAGUAUGCCCGUCCUGACAAGGGUUACCGUUUCUUCGUCGAGCAGGUCAGCCAUCAUCCACCUAUCGGUGCAGCCUACGCUGAGUCACCUAGAUGGGAUUAUUAUGGUGAAUCUGCUGUGAAAUCCAAGUUUUACGGUAAAUCAUUUGAUAUUAACCCCUUGGGAACAUGGUUUUUGCGACUACGGCCCGCCAGCGGAGGUGAAGAGCUAUAUACCUGGAAGAAAGUCACCUCCUCCGUUAUUGGUAUCAUUACCGGAAACCCUACAGUUGAUAAUUAUGGGCCUAUGGUUAUAAAGAACUGGACUACAGGGGAAGAGUGCAACCUUGAUUUCAAACCCAGAGGUUGGACCGCUGCCUCCGCCUAUCAGGUAUCCGGAAAAGUCUUGGACAAGGAUGGUGUGCCACAUUGGAGCGUUGGAGGCAGAUGGAAUGACAAGAUCUACGCACGAAAGCUCAGUGGCGGUACCUCCCUUUCGGCUUCCGAAAUCACCCCAGACGGGAACUCCCCUCAUGCCAUGCUGAUAUGGCAGAGUAACCCUAGGCCAACUGGCAUUCCCUUUAACCUGACUCCUUUUGUCGUCACCCUGAAUGCCAUCCCCGAUAACCUCAGACCACACCUCCCUCCCACUGACACUAGGUUACGACCUGACCAGCGUGCCAUGGAAGACGGCGAGUACGACUUUGCUGCCACUGAAAAACACCGUGUAGAGGAAAAGCAGCGAGCGAAAAGGAGAGACCGAGAAGCGAAUGGCGAAGAGUAUCAACCCAAAUGGUUUUCGAAAGGCGUUUGCGAGACCACUGGUGAAGAGUACUGGGUAUAUAACGGCAGCUAUUGGAAGUCCAGAGCUGCGGGAGACUGGAACGUUUGCGAAGAUAUCUUUUAA